AUGCAUCUUAUGUACACCGAAGACGCCUCCGGCAAGCGCAUUUAUACCCUGCGCAAAGUCCUCGAUGGCACCGUCACAAAAAGCGCACACCCUGCGAGAUUCAGCCCUGACGACAAGUACUCGCGGCACCGAGUCACGCUGAAGAAGAGAUAUGGGCUGCUCUUGACGCAGCAAGCUGAGACGAAAAAGUGA